AUGUCCAUCCCAAUCCGCGCUACCGUCCUCAUCUCCGGCAACGGCUCGAACCUCCAAGCGGUCAUCGACAAAGUCGCAGCCGGGCAGCUAAACACCACGCUCGUGCGAGUCCUCUCUAACCGCAAAGAUGCCUUCGGUCUCGAGCGCGCCCGCAAAGCCAACAUCCCGACGCAGUACCACAACCUGGUCAAGUACAAGAAGCAGCACCCAGCCACGCCGGAGGGUGUGCAGGCCGCGCGCGAGGAAUACGACGCCGAGCUGGCGCGGCUGAUCCUGGCCGACUCGCCGGAGCUGGUGAUUUGUUUGGGAUUCAUGCAUGUGCUGUCGCCGCGGUUCCUGGAGCCGCUGGAGAGGGCCAAGGUGCGCAUUAUCAACUUGCACCCGGCGCUGCCGGGGGCGUUCAAUGGCGUGAAUGCGAUUGAGCGAGCUCAUGCCGCGUGGAUGGAGGGCAAGAUUGACAAGACCGGCGUCAUGAUUCAUGACGUGAUCUCAGAGGUCGAUAUGGGGAAGCCCAUCCUGGUGCGGGAAAUUCCGUUCCGGAAGGGACUGGACGAGGACAUCGAGGUCUUUGAGAAGCGUGUUCACGAGACGGAAUGGGGCAUCGUCAUUGAGGGUGUGGAUCUGGUGCUCAAGGAGCUGGCGGCGCGAAAAAGCGCCUGA